UUUCUAAAAUAAAUCGAUUAGUUUGAUUCAUUAAUAGAGUUUAUAGAACGAUUUGUGUUUCCGUUUAAUAUCAAAUAAUUUUCUCACUUUUUAUAUUGCAGUCUGUAUUACAUUGUACACACAUAUACUACUUGUACUAAAUACAAUUGCAAUUUCUCUAUAGAAACAUUCUUUGAAUACUUGAUAAUUAAAUGCAAUAAGUAAAGGAAAAGAAACAAAACGCUUUUAGUGCAGUUAUAUACUAUCUUAUAUGUCUAUGUGUAGUAAUAUUGCUUACCUUUUUGUCAUUUGUGUAAUAUAUAUAUAAUUUUACCUAAAUUAAUCAUUUAUUGUUGCAAGAAAUAUUUUUUUUUUAUUUUUUGUAAUAUCAAGAAUUGCUUAGAUUAGGAUAAAAUAUAAUAAGUUGAGGAAUAUUUUAUUUUGCAGAUAUCAACUGUUACAUGCUCUUUAUACAAUUUUUCUAAAGACAAGAUUUUUAUUAGAGUCAAUAUUUAUCACAUCAAUUGAUUUAGCCAAAGUCUCCAGCAAUUAAAACGAUGGCGAAGAAAACGCGAAAAGCACUAGAGAACGAGCGAGCGGCAUCCGCGGCUGCUGAAGCCGAGGAAAUUAGGUAAAAUCUUUUUAACGAUUUAAAUGACACUAAAUUAGAUUGUUAGAUUAUCAGGUUAAAAAUAAUAAAAAGGCAAUCAUAGCGAAUAUAAUUAAAAGCUUUUUUAGCGCAUUUUUUCUAAGUUAUAUAAGAAUUCAGCAGUAGAACGUAAUUUAAGAUUAUUAGAAAGUGGAAAACAUCCGAAAAAUUAAUGAAUUAUCUAUAUAAUUUAUUAAUAAAUAAAUAAUUUUUAAAAGAGUGAAGAUGAUAAAAGAUAUGCAUGAAGAGAUUAGAUUAGAGGAAUACAAUAUGGAGAGACAAGCGUUGCUUGAAGAACGGGAAGCGGCGAUACGCAAAGUUCAACUGGAAGCUACAUGUAUAAUGCUAAAUGAUUAUAAAAAUGCAUUUAUGAAAUAUGUAGCUGCUGUCGAAGAAGCGGAAAACUGGGUUAGAUAUAUGACCUGCGAUGGAUUGCCAGAUCCAGGAAAUUUAUGCGAAAUGAAUACCUUCAUACUUCUGUGGUCUAUGGAAGACGAGAAGAUUAAUAUAAACACCAUCGUGACGAAAUACGACAUUAUCAUUUAUCUAUUAACGAAACUCGAUGAAAUAAUACGAUUCUCCUGGACGAGAUCGUCUGAUUACAUACUUGAAUGCAAGACGAUCAGACAACGAUUCCGGGACAAACUCCGAGAGUGGAUAGACAUGGCAUGCUACUCCCUUCUGCGCCAAAUAGAAAAGGACAUGAUACGCGAAAGUACGAGAACGGCGAGAUACAGUAAGCUUUCCGAUCAGAUCGCGUGCUGCAUUUGGGCUUUGAUUAAAUGGCCUAUUGGACUUAAACAGACUACCCAUAAGGAUCGAAAACCAAUUGAAGUUCAUUUCGAGGAGAUAGAGCUGACUAUUAAAAUGCCUACAGACAUUGAUUGCUAUUGUAUGGCGAUUCGAGCAUUAUGGGUAAAGUAUGAUCAUUACUCUGAUCGCGCAAUUUCGUAUAAUAUGCCCGAAUUGCCCGAUGAAUACGAAAGUAUAUACACUAUGGAUUUCUCUACUUUUUGUCAAAAUGAGUAUAACGCAAAAUUGAAGAUAUGCGAGGAACAGGUCGAAGAUCGUCGUUUGCGACUGGAAGAGAAGAAAGCCAAACUAGAGAGGUUGGAGAAUCCGCCAAUUCCAGUACCUACGAAGCUUGAAAGAAAGGGCAAGCAAAAGAAACCGGGUGCACAGAUUGUCCGAGCAAAACCGGAAGAGGAGCAGGCACAAUUACCAUAUCUGCCUACACCAGAUGAGAUUAUUUUGCAAAGAGAAGAUGAAACUCAAAGGGAAAUUAAAAAACUAUUGUCCAUGCGACACGAAAAAACGGAAGUAAAUUUGCGAAAAUACAGAAUACUGGGUGGAAUAUUGCAUAUCGAUUUAAUUUACCAUCCACCUCAACCCAAACAUAUGAGGAGAGACAUUACACUUACCACUUUACAAAUUCCGAAAGAAUUGAAAUUCGUACCGUUCGCCAGACCAUACAAAGCACCACCACCAGCACCCGAUUCCGAGAGAACACCGGAAGUAAUUGAAGCAGAAAUGAAAGCUCUGGAGACAGCAAUGGAGGCAUUGGUUCUGGUAACUUUAAAACUUCCCAGCUUCAUUAUCUGGUUUGAGCCACCAUUGGUGGCGCUUUGGAUGCCUGAAAGAAAAAUAUGGUCCACGCAGGAUGUGCACGAUAUCAAAUACAACGAGGAGAAACAAACCAUCACCUUUAGAACUGGCAGGCUAGGCGUUUACGGUCUCGCUGCUUUUAAAUUCAUCAAUAUCCCUUUCCAAAGUUGGGAACUCAAACCCGAAAUGGGCAAAAACGCACGCGGUGGCAUUGUGCUUAACAUAUCCGCUGCUAUCGUUCAAGCAGAGUUUAUAGUGAGGGAAGAUCUGAUAUGUCUACAUUCGCUGGCUGGUGGCAUGUCAACGGCCCUCAAAGGGAUUAUCGGAGAAUAUAUGAAGCUUCAUUUAUUGAUAGAGAGAAUGCGCGACGCUGGAUGCGAUCUAUUUCCAGAGCGUGACGCCUGCAAUUAUGUAAAAGCUCUUCCAGUGAAACAUCCGGUAACUGAAAAACAUCUACGAGAAUGCAUGGCUCUACUUUGCACCGCAUAUACAUUCUCCUGGUCGCGCUGGAAUGCUACUCGGAAUUUUAGGGAAAUUGUGAUACAAUUCAAAGAACUGCAUGGAUGCGUUGCAAAAGAGCGAACAAACUUGAUUCUUCUGGUAACUCCAUUGCGAACAAUGGUGGUAUCCUGUACCGAAGUGAGCUCAGAAUUUUCCGAUGUACCUUUAGAUGGUAAAAAUUCAAAGUUUUUUGCCGACUUAUAUCACUUGGCACUGCAGAACGCUGGAAUCAAAAGCCGACUUUUGAUGAGGAACGUCUCCUUCAAGCUUGCCAAUACCGUUGUGGAACUUCUUGGUCGCACUAAUAUAAUCAAUAUGUCAUCAUAAGAGAUGAUUUUAAUUAAAGAAAGAGAAAUAAAUAUUCCUCUUUAUUAGAUUCAUCGAUUUUCUUUAUCUUGUUCUCAAGUAGAACGAUGUAUGAUCAGCUAUUUAUUUAGAAAUUUUAUUACGAAUGCACUAAACGAUCACUCUACAAAAGUAUCUCGUAAUAAAUAAAUAUCUUGCUCG